AUGACGAAUCAAAGGGCAAUGGCCAGUAUUUUGGCCAUGCCACCCAACCUAAGAUGUCUGGUCCUCCGACAACUCGCAGCCUCUCCUCGACCUGUCGCAGUCGCUGCCCCGAUCUCCUCCAUUCGUCUCUUCACCUCCACGACAGCGAACGAAGCACGACAACGCUUGAGAGCAGGAUCUACUUCAAGGCCUCAACCAACACAGACGAAUAAGCCCCAGACGAAUAAGCCCAAGGAACAACAAUCGGAAAAACCAAGAGCGAGACAGCCCGAGAAGCCCAGAGCGAAGCAACCCGAGAAGCCCAGAGCGAAGCAACCGGAGAAGCCCAGAGAAAGGCAACCCGAGAGGGCCAACAAAGCGAAGCAACCCGAAAAGCCCAAAGAGAACCAGCUACUCGACAAGAAGCUAUUCGAGAAGCAGCUAUUCGACAAGCCAAAAGGGACGCAGCAAUCGGAAGGGAACAAGCCCAAAGUGAAACAACAACAACAAUCAGAAAAACCCAAAGAACCCCGCCUCAAAAAAGUCAAAAAGACCGGAGGCCCCGUCGAAAAAGCGCCUUCCUCCUUCUCCUUCCUUCCCCCGCCCUCCAACGACCCCAACCAGCUCGCCGUCCCGGCGCCCCCUCCGACAGCCAACUCCCUCUUCGCCGCCACCCACAUCUUCACCUGCCAAAAGCCCUACUUCAUGUAUGCCGCGCCUCGAUUCCUCAACUUCCCCGUCAACACGUACGUUCCCGAGGUGUGCAUCCUGGGGCGCUCCAACGUGGGCAAAUCCACCCUCAUCAACGCGCUAUCAGGCGCAGCAGGCGCGGCCGCCGGUCGGGCGCAUGGUCUCGAAGCGCGUCGAGCCGGUAGAGCCAUCACGUCCGCGCACGCGGGCAGCACCAAGACGAUGAACGCUUAUGGCUUCGGGCCGCCACCGAAAGUAGCGCCGCCUAAGAAGGAGGCCGAUCCCGAAGACGGCGAGAGCAGAGUCAAGUCGCGAUCGGAAAAGCGGGAGGAGAAGAAUAAAUUCAGCAAGGAAAGGAAACCGACCAACCAGCUGAUUCUGGUCGACAUGCCUGGUUACGGAUUCAACUCGCAGGCCGAGUGGGGAAAAGAAAUUGUCAAGUACCUGGAGAAGCGACAGAUGCUCAAGGGCGCCGUGGUGCUGAUUGAUUCGGUGGCGGGCGUGAAAAAGGAUGAUAGAACUGUGUUGGGCAUGUUGAGGGAUGCCGGGGUGAGGACGACGGUUAUUCUCACCAAGGCGGAUAAGAUUGAUAGCUUGGAGGAGUAUUACCAGGCGGCUGCGGGGGGCAGGGAGAGGGAAAGGGGGUCGAUUGGGGAUAUGUGUGUUAAAGUGUGGGAGGAGCUGAGGCAGAUCGAGGAGGAGAGCUUGACGUGGGUGGAAGGGAAGGGGUGGGAGAGGGAGUUGUGGGUUACGGGCGCGGGUGACCCGCGGAAUGCUGGGUUGGGUAUUGCGGGCGCGAGGCUGGCGAUUGCGAAGAUGGCGGGGUUGGUUAGAGACGAGCGGGCGCUGGCGGAUGAGGAGGCGCCGGAGUUGGGAAGUGUGGUAAGUAAGCCGGCGGCGCCGACAGCGAGCAAGAUCAUUCCGUUUGAUCAGAUUGUGUGGGCGACGCCGCAUCAGGGAAGUGCGAAUCCCAAGGGAGGUCGGGAGAAGGCGUCGUUUUAG